UUGACCGUCCUCCUCCUACACUUAUCAAUUUUCCCAAUUUAUACUAGGGCUCAUAUUCAUACACAUUUGGCGCACAUCCUCUCAUUUCACCUGGAAAGCAGCCGGAUGGCCGAAUACGUUGCUGUUCGGCCGUUUAUUAAGUUUCCGGUCCAUGGCAAUUCGAUCACUGAGCUUAGCUUAUGUCCUCAAAAUCGCAGGAACUGCUAUGCUGGCUGGGGUAGAUCUACAAAACACGUCUACAAGGCUGGUGACUUCUGCUUCACAAACUUAAAAUCAAAUGAUUAUCAGAAGGUGAAACGGAUGAAGUGUUAUUGUUUGGGAACUCUUAUAAGUACAGCUGGUGAUUCUUCUGCAUGGAUUCCUGUAACUGAUCAAGUGCUUCUCAUGGCAAGUAUUUUUCUUACACACAUGGCUGGAGUUGUACCUGCUGACGGGCCCUUUACAGUUUCUGGAAGCAACAAAGUGAGCGACAAUGUGGCUUCUGACGGAAAUUCCGUUUCUGGUAGUGCCAUGAAGAAUGAAAAGGAAAACGAGGCCACCUUAGAGUUCUCAUGGGAUACCGUGAAACGCAAACUUAGUGAUUCCAUAAAUGCUAUUGAAAACGGGACCAAACUUGAAAAUGAAUUUACGGGAUCGGGACAAACUGCUAAGCAACCUUCAAGUCUAUUUGCGAUUGCAGAGGGUCCCAGAUUUCGGUUGAUGUGGGCUUCCUUUCAGUGGCUUAAAAAUGAGGUGAACAAUAUCUCUAGGAGCACUUCUACUGCUGACUUGAAAAAUUUGCAGAAGGUUUUUUCUGAAAUCCUACAGAGAUCGUCUUUGUCUAUAUGCACUGAUUGGCUGAAAGAAGAGCUUUUGUUGAGAAAUAAGAGACCCAUUAAGGAAUUCCCUCCUCUGUUUGACAAAUUAAAAGGAGACGACUCUGUUCUACAAAACGUUAAAAAAUCGGGCAAGGAGGAUCUAUAUACCGAGCUAGUUUACAUUCUUAGAUUUGGUUCUCUUAGUCAGGAAUGUUGUUAUAAUAAUGACUUCUUUGCUUCUCGGGGGGUUUCUGUGCUGGAAGAUCUGGUCAUCACAUUGGCUGAUGGGAUUGCAAGUGUUUAUUUGGAGCUAAUUUCUGUAGACAGUGACAUGUCAAAUGAAAUGAACAGUCUGGGUUUAAAUUUGUGCGCCUUGUCGACCCGAGCACUUCAGAGAUUACGUAAUGAGAUCUCACUGAACCAAUGGUUUGUUCAGAAUAUGGACACGGUUGCAUCCAUGUAUGAGGAUCGAUUUGACCUUCGUAUACUCCAGAGUCGACCUAUUCCAGAAUCUAGCAAGGAAAAGUCUGAAACGUUUGGUUGGUUGAAGAAUAUUAGCGUAGGGAAGUCUAGACGCUUGGAGUCUCCUCUAAGUGCUGCUGUAAUUACCAAUGUUUGUGUACCUGUCAAGCGAACCAAAGAAUUAAGGGGCCUAGUGGGGUGGAGGUACUACUUCAGUCUAUACCUUGAAAUGGCUGAUAUUACAAUGCCUUUUGUAAGGACGCUUGUUGCCAAAGUUAGUGAUGCUGUCUCUUUCUUUUUGGUUUGCUUGAUUGGACGAUCAUUAGGACUCAUCUACACUGGGAUAAGGCAGUCACUGAGGUGGAAGUAAGAUAUACCCAGUCCUUUUUCAUCCUGUUUAUGGCUCUUAUUUGGCCAAUUUUUGUUGAUUGAAAUGAAGUACACAAGCAAGAUAGAAUACUUCAUCAUUUACCCCUUAAACUGUUCUUGAUUAUGUGCCCCAAGGCUUUUCUGAAUUUCUGAUUA